AUGUCAACUGAUGAGGGCUGGAAAAAGACUGGCAUGAACUGUCCUGGCGGAAGUGCUUCAGAAGACAAAAGCAUUGCUUCUCCAGAAAAAUAUGCGGUCUUUACGAACGCUUCGAGUGUUGGUGACCAGGAUGCUAGACGCUUCUCAUCGCUCAGCACAGGCUCAUGCCUACACAAUAUGCCGUCGUCAGACACACAGCUGCAUGGCUCAUACGUCCAAAACAACAGCUCUCACGACACCAAUUGUCCAGAGUUAUCUCUGAUGGAAGACCAGAGCUUAUUGGCUACAAACAUAAACAGACCAGUCCGCAGUCAAUCCUCGGGAUCUAUUAUGAGCUGUUUAUGGAAAAGUCAGUGGCUCAGGCGACUAUCGCGCGCAGCAAAGUCAGACGGUUCACAGCUUACCAAGCCUCAGCCUGGAAUCAAACUAAUCAGAUCAGAUGAUCGACGUCCAUCAGAGCCUGUUUUGCCAAGUAGUAUGGCUCUGCGUAGAAUGUCCGCCUGCUCAACUCUAUCUGGCAAGUCUGAUCCUGGAGUUGACGGGGUACUGUUCAAACGUGCAUUCAGCGAUCUUGAGAGGCUCCUCGAUGAAGCUCUCUCCCUCGCCUUGGAUGUCGCGGAUCAUUCGGAAGCCGCAGCUUAUGCUAGUCACCCUGCCGCAUCGAAAGAGCAUGGCGCCGAUCGUGUGGACGAAUCAAACAUGUCGAUGGACGACAGACCCCAAGAAAAUGUCGAAACAAUUCCUAUAGAUGGAUCAGAUAUGGCCUACCCAGCGAGGCCAGGCUGCAGGCGUGCUGCCACUUACACUGCCGUACCCAAACGCCCGCGGCUGGCCGAUGUAGUUGAGAGCUAUUCCGGAACCUAUCAGGAGCUUCGAACAAGGACUCAGGCUGCACGAAGACAACAAAGCGGCACCUCACGACGUUCUUCACUCAGCAGAAAGUCCCGGAAAUCUCACAAAGGGUUCAAGACGGAUCGUAGACGGAGGCCAAUUAUGCUGAACGAUCUCCGCAGCACAACUGCCCUUCUUGAUAUUGGAGGAAUGGACGUCAAAGAACAAACAACAGCUCGCAAACGCUCGGCAGCUGUGGAGGCUUCAUCAGCCGUUCGAAGUGGGACCAUUCAUGAUGCUCUACCAGAACAUAACAUUGCUGGGAGAAGAUUGCAUGGCGAACACGGCAUCAAUCUUCGAAAGCGAUCGCACGUGAGUCUACAGGACAUGCAAGGUUUCAACCUUCCAAAGUCGCACAUCAGGCAACCGAUUGCGAGGGACUAG